AGGGUCAUUGAUGCGUAUCCGUCGAUGAUUUCUCAUCGUUCGUAGCGCAAUCACCUUGAAAUGUUUCCUGCACUCUGAGCAACAGUGGGCAGCAACCUAUUGGCGCGUUACGCUCGAAUCGGAUCGCAAAGGUUCUUAUUACCCUUCUGGUUUUAACCGCGCGACGUUGAACGGUAUGUAAAGAAGUGUAUCUACGCACUUACCGCAAGAAACAAGUUACGGAGGUCGUUGCACGUAACACCUGCCAACAGACAGAACUACUUCGCGAGUGGUUUCUAUAACCGUGUCGUAGCCACCGGUUCCUCAAGCGGAUACACCUCGUGCGACCGCGAACCUGGCUACUUGGCUCCCAACGAACACUGCUUUGGCAUCUGUCUUGCUCACCAUACGACUCUCCUGGUACCAAACACCAAACGACAUUUGAAUCGGCCUACCUUUUAAUGAUAGUGCACCUGAAAGAAAAUGAGGAGGCAGUCGAAUAGCUUGAACCUAAAUGCAGGAAGCGGAGGUGGGGAACCGCAGAUCAUCGUCGAGGAAAGCACAUUGGGAGAGGAGGAAGCUGAACGGCGUAGAAACGAGUCUCCACCGCGAAGCCGGGAUCCAGAUUCGCCUUCCUUGAAUCCUUAUCUGUUGUCUCCGUGGCGAGAAACCAGGAAACACUCUUUGCCGACUCCGCAAUGCACUUCCGGAAUAACCGCGUCUCAGGUGAGACGAUUGAGCGAACGUGGCGGUGAAGGAUCGGGACCGUCGCCAAAGGAGGCAGCUUUUCUGGCGACUCUCUCUCAGGCACCAGCCCCUCAAUCCGAUGGUCGAAGGUAUUCCGUUAUUACGAUUUCCAAAGUCCCGUCGACUCUGUUUAAUCGCGAUCGUCGCGAGUCCUUUGCCGCUUUUCCGCUGGGUGGGGGGUCGAGAAUUUUACCUGGUCGUCGAGACUCGAAGUCUGGGAUUUCGGGGCCGCCGAGCAACAGCGGAAGCACGCACAAUCUUCAGCUAGACAUCAUGGACAACAUCACGGAAAUAAAAGCGAGAAAGGUACGCCUAAAGAUGUACAAGACGUCGACGGAACAAGUUUGCGAGAUUCAACCUUUGGAAGGUAACAGCUCCUCUCAGCGUUACACGCAGUACCAGAAGACGCCUCUGCAGAGACGAGCUUCGGAAAUACCGAAAACAGGCUCGUCCAUGUCCGGAGCUGCGGGCAUUGUCUGCUCCAACACCGACCUAAUAUCGAUCCUGAGCUCUUUGGCGUCGUCCGCGACGGAGAUCAACAGAUGCGGCGAGGAAGCUUCGAUGUCGCGAGAGGAGAGCAAGUCCAGUUGGUCGGGGAAAACUGCCGAGCAAAAGCGAAGUCGAUUGAAGAGCUUUCGAUCCAACAGCUUCGACGUGUCGAUCCUUCACGGAACCAAAGGGAAAUUCACUGGCUCCUCGAAAGCAACCGCUUCUUCCAUUCCGGCGCCGUCGAACUGGUUCACGAAGAGACAUCAGCCGAUGUCGAAGAAGCAGAAACCGGAGGAUUUGAUAACGGCCAGUCUAAAUUUUAAGUUCAAUAAAUCGAAAGUCGUGAAAGCGGUGAAGGAAACGAUCGGGAAAACGUCACCCAUCGGCGAUAUCAGACACAAAGUCGUCUGGGACGAUACGAGUGGCACGAAAGUAGAUGCUCAGGUUUUAGGUACUGCGAUCGAGAAAAUUUUAACGGCGCAGAGAGGAAACGACGCGGAAGCAUCCGGAUCGACUGGGAAAACUUCAAUAUCGCCGAACAAACAGAAAUCCAGCAAAGUGGCGAAUUGGUUCUCAGGCAGCAACAAAGACCAAGAGCAAACCGAAUCUUGCGAACAAUCAAUCUGUUCCUCCUUGAAAGACCUCUUCGUUAAGUAGUAUGCAAAUACGAACGUGGUCUUAUUCGAUCGAUCAACGCUUCUUCGUUUAAGGAUUUAUUCAGAAAUUAAUGCGACCUAAUAGCUGAUCUAUCAGUGACUGAUAUCCCCUUUUUAAGUCGAGAGCAGCGUCAUAGACAUCCGUAACCGAGUCAAUAUCCUCCUGAUUCGAACAAUCUUCGAAAUAUUAAACUUCCUUUUCUAGUGCAGCUACCAUUCGUCCCACCAGCAGUCUUUUCUAAUCGAGUCAGCAAGUUACGUACUGCAAAACGCAGUAACACGAAGAACCAAGACGGGCCAAACAAUACUUGUACUGCUGCUCUUGACUCUAGUUACGAGUUCUUCUAUAUUUUUAUUUUCCCAUGCUACGUUUGCAGCUGCGCUAAAAUUUUGUGAGACUAAGGUGUAUUUCUUAUUUGUUAUACGUCUUUAUAAAGAGUACUCGAAAGAUAGCUCGGAAAUAGUCCUUGGAAUCCUUUCUGAUUUUACGGAAACUUUGUAAGGAAAGAUUUUUUUUAAAUAAUUAUCAAUAAAUAGGACAGACCAUUCGAUUCUACAUAUAUUCCACCAUUCUAUAUUCAAUUUAAUUAUUUUAUUUCAGAAUAUUUUUACAGAAAUAAGACCCUGAUAAUUAAACGAAGAAGAAAGAAACGAAAAUAAAUUAAAGAAAUUAAAAAGAUUUGAGUCCCCGACAGUUCACUAAAAUAUUCGAAACACUUUACGAAACAAGACGCAUAACUUAAGGUAAAUAUUUGAAAAUACUUUUAUGGCCGCUGUAAGGCACAACUAUAAAGAUUAUUUUUGCAAAAUCUGAAGAAUAUCUGAUAACAUACGCAACAACUGUUUUUAUUUUUAGAUUAUAAUGUAUUUCGGAUUAAUAUCAAUCCUAGUAUAUAAUAAUGCUGAAGGUGGUCUAACUACAUAUUAUUACGUAAUAGUUCAAUAACAAUUUUCUAUUGAAAUUUAUUUUAUAUCGAAAAACUGUAUCGUUAUAUUGCAGUUUUUUUAUUACAAACAUUCCAUUAUUUUCGCGAUGUACUAUACGGUAUCUAGUAGACUAUUUUUUAAAUUUUCUAUCCAUACAACAAAUGAAAGAUUUCACUUACGGACAAGCAUAAAAGAAAAGAAUAUUAUUCCUAAUUAUUAUUAGUACGAAGCACAAGGAAAGUUUUAUCGUACAACUAUGUUUGUUAUAAUUUUUCCAAGUUAAAACCAGUCGUCAAAAAUUGCGACGCUUCGUUUCGUUAACAAUGCGGUAUAGACUGCAUAAAAACUGAGUAUUUGUUUAUAGCAAUAUGCGAAAAAACUUCCCUAGCAGAGUGAAUAUCGUUAUCAAACAAUCAAUUUAAAAAUGGGGAACAAACAUUACGAUGAAACGUGCUUUUGGUUAGUAAAAUAUGUUGUUUCGGUAAAAUCAGAAUUAGAAAAUGCUGCGCAAUUGGAAAAUUAGGUAUCGACCCACGAACAAACCCUUCCUAGAUCUGAACAAUUCAAUCGAUGUAGCUUUUACUACAUAAAUGUGGAGAAAUAUCUGUUCAAUCUCUAUGGUUAAUGCAGAGUAUCUACUUCCAAAGCGUAACUAAAUUAAACUCCAAAACUGAAACCCCGAUUUUGAACUAUAACUAAAUAAUGUCGUACAAUAAAUGUUAUGUGGUGUUCUAUAAAGAAGAAUUGCUUUUUUAUGGAAAAAUGUCCGAUUUAAAUGGGAAUAUUGUUGAACGAGAAGACUCGUGAAUCAAAGUAUAUCGAUCAUGGUAUUGCGAUUCGUACAAAAUGUAUAAUUAAAAGAAGCUCCAAGUGUAAUGUUUCGAAAACAGAUAAACUACAACCUCUAAUCGCGAGCGAACAUUUAAAUAUUUCUCUUUUAAACGAAACUAUCCAAAUUUAAUAAUUUGAAACACUGAUAGAAUUAUUAUUUUUUUCACCCUGGUAGUUACAUGUUUAUCGCAUGUAUAUUAAAUUUUAUUUAAUCGAUACGUCGUAAUCGUAAUCGUAAAUCUAUUAACGCGAUUCUCGUGAUUAGAGAGUGACAAUCCGUCAUGAUUAAAUCCGUCAAUAUAAUGGGCUUUCUUGUAUUUUCAUACACUUAAAAAUUACAUUAUUGAACGUUGAUGAUAUUCCUAUUGAACAAAAACAAUACUCAAAGAACAUUACCAAGAAAAAUAUAAUGCGUGUAUUAAUUUGCCUUUGCUGGACAAAGGCUCGUCAAAUAACUGUAAUAUAUUGUGUGUGUAUAAAAAUUGAGGUAUACUUUUAAUAAUGAUGCGCUGACUUAAUUUGUAUAGUACAGUAUAGUAAAAUAUUGUGUAGAUUACCAGAGUGUAAGUAAUGUCUGUUUCGUCGAAUGAUCAUUAUUAAAGUACCCUUAGAAUAUUCAGAGAAAUGAAUAAGUGCAAAUAAUUAUGGCGGUUUCGUCAAUAUACGAAUGUUGGAAAAGAAAAUGAAUUUACCAGAUAUACAUGUUUCAUUGAAUAUGACUGUUAUGUACACGUGUUGUUACUUGUACGGAAUAACGUUGACAUAAUCCUGAUAUUGUAUUUAUGGUUUCACCUUUCACAAAAUUAAUAAAACCUACAAAAAUGUA